ACAGGGGGGUUACUGACAGAAACGCUGCGCAUCAGUGACAUGACCCUCAAACAACAUGAUCUCCCUCUCUCUCUCUCUCUCUCUCUCUCUCUCUCUCUCUCUCUCUCUCUCUCUCUCUCUCUUGACUUCAGAAGUGCGGAGUGAGACGACGAUUUGUUUUUGGUUUUCCGUGUCUCCUGUGUUCCGUCAAGAAUGACGCGUUCGGCCUGAAUCUCCGCCGUCCUCGGGCGCGUCGCAGACAUGUCGUUGUCCGGCCCUCAUAAAGCCGGCAGAGCGCAUUUGAAGGACGAUAAGUGUAAGCAGCAGAAAUGCAUUUCCUUUCUGUUCUAUCAAGCGGUGCGGGACCUGAAACCGGUGUGGAUGCUGGAGGACAUGCGCACGAUGGAGACAUUUUACUGGGAGGAGGACGCGAAACAGAGAACGUAUACGCCGUCCGAAGCGCUGCUCUACGCGAUCGUGCACGACCACCAGGCGUACGCGCAAUAUCUGCUCGGCCAUUAUUCGGACGAGGCGCUGGCCAUGCCGGGCGAGCGGUUCUGCUGCUGUCCGUCCUCCGCGCCUCAUUUGGCCAUGGCUGUCCGGUACGACAGACGGGACAUCCUGGGUCACAUUUUACAGGUGGCGCAUCGGACGCCGAGCCUGCGCUCGUACAUGAACCGCGGCGGCUGUUUCCAUCUGGAGGACGGUAAGACCCCGCUCCACCUGGCCUGCGAGCUGCUGCGCGCUGACGCCGUCAUACUGUUGCUAGGCAACGGCGCGUCCCCGCAGGCGGUGGACCACAACGGCAUGACGCCGCUGGACCUCAUUCUGCAGCAGCUCGUGGACUCCAAAGUGAACACGGGGGCCAAAAAGUCGUGCUUGGACAAGCUGUUGAUGUUCAUGCCAGAGAUGCGUUUCAAACUGAAGAGUUCCCUGGAGAAAGAGCACGUGUGCUGGUCCAGAGUUCUCGGGGAGGACAAGCUCAACUACCUCGUCGGGAAGAAUCCGGCUCCGCUUUUCCUCAUCGCGAUGCAACGAAUCCUGGCGCAGCUGCCACCUGAGCAAUUCCCCAAGAGCCUGGACGAGCUUCCCAUUCCCACUUCUCUGAAACCCCUGCCCAAGCCCAUUUUAAAGUGGCCUGAAACGAUCUGAAGUAUUUAUACAGCUGUUGGAGCAUGAAUUAUGUCUGUGGCAUGAAAGUAUAUGAUAACUAAGCGAAACAAUUCAUCAGCAAAAAUGGGAGCAGCGUUGUCUUAAUUUUAGCCAUUUUUACUAAUAUAUUGCUAAUAUAUUACAUUUAUGACAGAUUAAAAGGAAUAGUUUACCCCAAAAUCAUUUACUCACCCUUACGUCACUCUAAAUAUGUAUUUAUAUUAUAGUGAUACAGUGUAGAUACUGGGGCAAUAGUUAUAGGACAAAAUUUGUCAACUAAUGUAAAUAAUUUUGAGACAUCAAGAUGCUUUUUUGAGUAACAAAUCAAGAUAAUACUUAUUCUAAAUAACCUCUUCAGAAAAGAGUUAACCAUUUCCUGUUCAUUUCAAACACAUUUCACAAGUAUUCUCUAAACAAAUGAAUCUCCAUUGUGAUCGGAUCAGUCAAUGUGAGCUCAAUUUAAACAUUCUUCAGUUCAUGUUUUAUAGGGGCCUUUAACACCUUUUACCCCAAUACUAUCCUUUCACUUAUUGGACAGUUUGAUUUAAUGACCUUGAACAAAACUGAAAAUGAUAAAUAAGUAUUUUGUCUCAGAAUAAAUGUGGUCAUUUCAGGGAUUUUCAUUAGUUAGAGAAAUGUGCAACAUUUUAGAAGUAAUUAAAUGUUUGAUCAAAUUACCUGAAAAUCAAACUUUAAACACCACACGCAAUGAUCUCAUGGAUCAGUAACAUUAGCAGUGUUUAGUGACAAACAGGAAAGCACUGUGGGAGUUUUUAUCCCCAUUGUACCCUACAACCUGCACACUAUAUUUUAAGUCUUUUGAAGCCAUACAAUCUUUGUGCAAGGAAAAGAGUGCAAUUUAAAUCAUUAUUUGCUAUAUAGCUUUCAUAUCUCAUUGCAUGUCGCGCGCCAGGUUGACGUCAAUGACAUCAAAUCAGAUCUUUGCUUCUUGGGUGGCUCUUCUCAACUUAGAGUAACUCGUCUUGACGUGCCACUUUUGGGCAUAAUAUUCCUUUACAUACAUAAUAUAUGUACAUUCAAAUGGAUUUUGUUUUAGAACUGUUAUACUUCUGAAAAGAUAUGCAAACACUGAAUUAUGAGAUGUAUUAAUGGAAACUGUCUGGCUGUAUGAAUAGCGAACUUUACUUUAUUAACCUCAUUUACUGAUCUGAGUAGGGCUGGCGCCAAUUAAAAACAAAUUAUCAUUCAAACUUGAUCCGAUGGAUUUUCUUUUCUUUUUCUUUUCCAGGAUCUUGGUCUUAAGUAAGACACAGACAUCAGAAGGGGUUUUGUGUGUUUGAGAUGGGUGGGGUAAUGUUGUUUGCCUUAGGCGAGACACAAACACAAGCUGCUCCAGGCUCUCUUGAGGAGCAUCAAGAUUAGACAAGUGAAACCUGCUGUUUGACCUGAUCAUUUAUUUGGUUUAUUAGGUGUCACAACAGCAUUACAUUUUGUAAAAACUCCCAAGAAAAUCUCAGCCAUCCUCUUCCAUGACACAUGAAAACCAUUUAUAUUUCAUAAUAAUGUGUACAAUAUUUGCAUAUUGUGUUACCAGUGUUGCAUAAGUUACUCAAAAAUGUAAUCCACUACAUGUAAUUGUAAUACAUGUAAUGUAAUUUCUUUCUCUAAAAUUUUAAACAUUACUGAUUUCUUCAUAAAAAACAUUCACAUUAAUUACUUUACUUUUAAGUUAAACAUUUUUGGUUUUUUGCUCAACUCAAAAUAAUGUCUAUAUUUCCUAUUCGUUCAUUGUCGUACACCCUUCAGCUGUCACAGAAAUGCAACAAAUGAAUUCAUAUUUUAAAUGUAUUAUACAAAAAUAGAAUUGGUUUAUGAAUAUGUAUAACCCAACUAAUGUACUUAAAGGGGUCAUGACAUGCCUUUUUUAUUAUUUGAAUGCGAUCCUUAAGGUUCACUUAUAAAAUUAGUAAAGUUUUUUGCACUAAAAACAGUCAUAUAUUUGUAAAGCAUGAUCAUUUUUCACCCUCAUUCUGACCCUCUGUCAGAAACACUCAGUUUUGGUGCUGCUUCUCUUUUAAGACUUGAUAGUAAAUGCCCACUGUUCUGAUUGGCUCUCUGCUCUUGAUUGACCUGCUCUCUCUUCUUGCCAUCUCACCACUACUGGGCAGGGUUACAGAAGUGAUUAAAGGUAAAGUAGCCGUUGAUGUGUUGUUGUGGAUACGGUCAGAUGCAAUUUUCUAACACAGUAUGACAUCACAAUGUGAAGGAAGUAGAGAACGAGAUGUUUUGAAAGCUUGGUUUCAACAAAUGCUCUUUUUGCAGUGAGGAAGACGUUUUGAGUUCUUACAUUAUGCUUUUAUAGUGCAAUGACCUCUUAUAUGUCAAAAGAUCAAGGUCAAUUUGAUUCCUCAUGUCAUGACCCCUUUAAAUGUUAGUAUAACUUCAGUUGAUAGUUUGGAUAAUGAACUGUAUUGAAGUAUUGUUUAUUCCUUUUAUUAUUGAAGAUAAAUGUAACUGCUUAA